UUGGUUAAGCGUGACGAGCUAACCCUGGAGGGUAUAAAGCAGUUUUGUGUGAAUGUUGAGAAGGAAGAGUGGAAAUUCGAAACGCUGUGCGAUCUCUACGAGACCCUAGCCAUUACUCAAAGCGUCAUUUUCGUGAACACGAGGCGCAAGGUUGACCGGCUAACCGACAAGAUGCGAAGUCGAGACCACACAGUUUCUGCCACCGAUGGAGACAUGGACCAGAACGUUCGUGAUGUCAUCAUGCGUGAAUUCCGUUCCGGUUCUUCUCGUAUUCUCAUCACAACCGAUCUCUUGGCCCGUGGCAUUGAUGUGCAGCAAGUCUCUCUUGUUAUAAACUACGAUCUGCCCACUCAGCCAGAAAACUACCUACACCGAAUCGGACGAAGUGGAAGGUUUGGAAGAAAAGGUGUCGCCAUUAACUUUGUGACUCUAGAUGAUGAGAGGAUUUUGUUCGAUAUCCAGAAGUUCUACAAUGUUAUCAUCGAGGAGCUUCCGUCGAACGUCUCCGACCUCCUUUAA